AUGAAAAGAAAGAGUAGAUCAAGAUCCAGCUCGGAAGAGGUCAAAGAAGACGAGAAAUUCAACUUUGAUGUCUUAGAAUAUGAAAUAGAUCCAAAUAAGAGGUUUGUGUUAUCCGUAUCCAGGGUUAAAGAUUCUGGCGGAGGAGUUGAAUAUAGUAGUAACAAUGGGAUUAAUAAUGAUUAUAAAAAUGCAAAUGUCGAUGCUGAUAUCGAUAAUGUUAAGAGGAAACGCAAAGAAAUUUCCAAUAUGAUACUACCCAUUGAACAUCACCAGAUUGGGGUAAACAAGGACUCGAACAUGCGGCGUCGCCAAAAACAAAAACCAAAUUUUACGACAGAUGAGUUGGUAGAUCCGUUAACGGAACAGGUGUAUUCAAUCUACCACAAGAAAAUGAUGAAACAAGAAACUAGGAUGAUGAAUGAUGAAGCGAACUAUUCUGAACUCGAAGCAGACCGUUUGGAGGGAAUUUUAGACAGUUUGGAAAUUAGCUCUUGGCGAUCCAUACUUCCGAAAAUUACUGUUAUAAAUAAUGUCACUGACGAGGUGGAAUUGCUGCAUAAAAGAGAGUUGACACAACAGGCAAUAAGGUCCAUGCUAGAUAAAUAUAAAGAUAUGAAGCACAGAAUUAGUUUACAUCAGAGAAAACAGAGACAUAUCAUGAUUGAUCCACAUAAGCAGCUAGACAAACUCUACUCUAAUGUUGACAAGUCGUUGAUAAUUGGAUACCAUAGCUCAUCGGACGAGGAAGAAAAUGACCUGGAUGUUUAUCAAAUAAGGACACGCAGGAAAAUGAUGAAGCAUCGUAUUUUUGCACCAACAUUAAUUGUUCCUCUUUCUGUCCCUUUGGCUCCAACUAACUUCCAAUAUGGUAUUGUUGCAGACCCUUUAAAGUCCCCAUUCAUCGUCAAAUUUACUAAAGAAGAACGUCUAAAAUACCUAAAUAAGGAUAAAGACUUUAAAGAACGUUAUCGGAGCAUUGAGAAUUUUCCUAAUCAAGAAAUGAGAUUUGUUAGUAAAAGUCGAGCCGUGUGUGAGUUGGGGUCUAAUUCUAAAUGUCAAAAGAAAUUUAUUCAUGAUUAG